AUGACAAAUGGCUUGUAUGAUGCUAUUCUGUUACUUCUUGUUAGCUGUUCACAAUACACGGAAGCAUUUCCAAUUUUUCCUAGAGAGAGGAGCUCUCGAAUAGAUCGGAUUGCAAACGAUCUGAGGUUGUCAGCAGAAAUCGAAGCUCAGUCAGGACCUCGCCAAAAAGAUCCAACCAGUUACAUAUCCGAGAUAAGGUCGAGGAAUCUAGCUGGUGUACAUGCCGAUGAAGCCUACAAUGAUGUCAUUGUCGAUCUCCAAGCUGGAGAUAGCGUCAACUCAAUGGUCGUAGUCACUGGCGAAACAGGAAGCGGGAAAUCCCUCCUGGUGUCAAAAGUCGCGGACCUAGUGACAGGAGGAAAAUUGGAUCCAUUGCUACUACAGAGGCCAUCAAAUGAACAAUCAAAAGAAUCAACGGCAUCAACUGAAAUGAUUUUGAAAUUAUUUGGUUCCCAUAUUGCGUCGGUCGCGAGUACUCUAAGGUUUCUAGGUGUCGACGCCGAAUCUAUUCUUGGUGAAGACGUCGAAUCAAUGAGUAGGGGGGCUUUGGAUCUUUCUUUGAAGCGAUCUAUAAUGCAAUCUUCCAACGGACGAACCAAGUCAGUUUGUGAGAUCAAUGAUCAAACAGUUACUCUCAAAGUACUGAAAGCGGUUGCUUCUCCCUUGCUAGCGAUUGUAAAUGCUCCGUUGGCAGGAAUGGCCCUUGGACGUCCCAAUUCUCGAAUGGCGAUGAUUGAUAUCGGCAUCCGAUCCGAAAUUACAGAGACUGUGCGCCAGUUGCAACGGAAAUACAAUAAAUGCCGCAGACGAAGAGUGUCACUCGAAGCCGAACUACAAAGUCAGGUACUACCGGCUUCCAUGAACUCUGGUGGAAAUGUCAAUGAAGAACUCAUGUUGCAUUGGAUUGACGAGCUGGAUGGAUUUGAGGCACGCAUACGAUCAUUUUGUGAAUGCACAUCAUCCGACUCUUUCACAAUGGAAUCCCCAUUGCAAAGUCGUCUUGAAGAACUGGAGUCGUUGUCGUGGAUGGACAGUGAUGCUGCUGCUCCUUCUUUCAGUUCGUCGUUGUAUCGAAAGCUAUUGGAUUUUUUGGAAGCACUGAAAUCAAUGGAUGUCCGUAUUGAAGCUGCCAGACAGGCACAUGAGACACUUGGAUCCAUGUCAAAUCCUAGCUCGGCUCGAACGGCACUGGAACGAACACGGGACCUGUUACUGGAUGCGACUGGGAGUGGUGACAGUGAACAGACAGGAGACCGAAUAGUCAAGAGUUCGGAAAAGGCACACCAAUUGCUAAACAAUGUGGAAGAUGCCUUGAUUGAGUGUGCAACCUUUUUGGAUGAUGACCAAGGGCUCCUCGCAAACCUUGAAGCAGAACGAAAGUCGUGUGCCAAGUCUUUGGAGGACUUUAAUGAGAUUAUAUUUGAAUGGAACACGUUGGCACGCAAACAUGGAGUUUCAUCCUUCUUGUUGCCGCUGUGCCACAACUCCUUGCGUAAUCAACUAGAUGGAAACAUUGAAGCCAAGAGAAUAUUGCCUCUGGCAAUUGAAGCGGAGAAUGAUGCUCUGCUAGAGUUGGAGGAAGCAUCUUCAAAGCUGACCAAGGCUCGAGUAGAACUCACUGCUCGAAUAUCCGAAUCAAUCUCUGAUCGGUUACCAAUUUUGGGAAUGGAAAACUCGCGGUUUGAAGCAAGGUUGCUCCCAUUCCAGACACCGACCUACUCCUCGUCCGCACUAGGAGUCGAGGAGGUAGACUUUUACUUGCUUCAUGACAAUUCAGAAUCGACUGGCGACGUUAGUAGUGGCAGAUCCAGAGGGGGCAAAGUGGAGUCGGUAGCGAGUUCGGGUGAAAAGGCAAGGAUUCUGUUGGCCAUCGAAUGCGAAAUUCCAGGGUCGGUUGGAGCUUUGUGUGGUGUCUCCUCAAAUGAAAAUGUCCAAUACCCGGCUCCAGUCGCUGUUAUCUAUGAUGAGAUUGAUGCUCAUGUUGGAGGCCGAGCGUCCGUCGCCGUCGGCAAGAUGCUCAAAGACCAGUCGCAAUCUUGUCAAGUCAUUUCCAUUACUCACAGCCCAUCGGUCGCUGCGAUUGCCGGCAAACACAUCUGCAUCCACAAGGAGGUUCUUUCGGCAGAGAAAGGAUCCAUUGCAUCCGCAACAGUUGUGACAGGACUCGAGCGACGCAAAGAGCUUGCUCGCAUGGCAGCUGGGGAUAUGGCCACCGAGGAGGCAGAAAUAUUUGCAGAAGCCUUGAUACGGGAUGUUUCCAAAGAGUCAAAAGUUAAUACGUAG